GAAAGUUGACCUUCGCGCCUUCUUCAAAAAAAAGUCGAGUCACGAGUUGAGAGACAGUCUCGUUUACGUUUCAGCUUCCCCAUCAAAGCACGAAGCACACGAGGCAACAACAACAACAAAAACAGCCACCAUGGCGGCUGCUACUGUGAGCGACUCUCUGAGAGCGCUACUCGACAGUGCCCGCAAUAACAGCCGUCUAGAUGAGAGUAGUGAUGAGGAAGAUCUGCAACUGGAGGAUCAGCAGGCAUUGCUGUGCACUGACCUCCUAAAAAGCCUCGGAAAACUUUGCAAGAGCAAUCAAAAGGGCACCAAUGACGAGGCUGCUGGAACAGACAACAAUUCGGGCAACUUUAUUCACACCUCUAUCAACUACAACAAUAAGCAAAACAGUGGCGUACACAGAGCCAAGUAUGCUCCCUUUUCCACUACAAAUGUUCGAGAAGUGUUUUCAGACUACAAUGCGUCACUUUCGCGGCUGGCCCCUUUGCUGUCAUCCCUCAUGAUGACACGUGUAGAGACCGAGAAGCUCCUCCCCGCAACUCAAGAUGAAGAGGCCAAUGAGGCAGCCAUGAGCUCUUCCUCGGCCCUGACUCUUACACGCCCAGCCCUCACUGCAGCCAGAGUCUACGCCACACUGCUGGCCAUCCCUGGUGCAUUGGGGAGUGGGCUGAUUGAAAUGGAGACUGUCUCCAGUAUGGCAGCUUUGUGCAAGCGAUGGAGGGUGGAAUGUGUGACAGCCAUGACUCAAAUUGUUGGCGGCGACAAACAAAAGAAAAAGUCAGGCAAACGGGCAUCAGGUGCAGGCGCCAAGAAACGUAGAGCGUCAAAGAGUACAACCACCAACCCCAUCAAGCGCGGAAAGCAAGGCAAGCGGGUCCAAAUUGUUGAGGGCUUUGUGAGUUCAUCCGACGAAAGCGAUGAUGAUGGCUCUUUGGACGAGAAAAAUUUUGGGAAAGAUCAGAGUUUUCAAAUUGAUUUCGAAGAUCAGAAUGACAUUAUUUCUGCCAUUGAUCUACUUGUCCUUGGAAUGCAGACAGGUCUCGCAUUGAGCCAAGUGCUGUGGCAAAAGGAAUUUUUGAGUUGGUCGUCCGAAGCCCGGGAAGCUGUAGUCGACGCCGUAACCUCGAUUCAUGGUACCGUUGCGGCACUGACAUCGUCACAAGCGGCACGAACAGCGCUGCCAAACAAUGUGCUUGAGUUGCAGAAAAAAGUGGUCAGGAGCACCUCCCUUUGUCUUCAGCAAUGUAUUCUCACAGCCAACAGUUCGGCUGACGACGACUGGGAAAACGAUGAGGCCGAAGACAUUGGAGGCCCUGCCGCAAAACGCCACGAGACCUCGGUCUUUGUCUUUCGUGGUCUCUUCCCAGUGCUGGCCAUGCAAGAGCAUCUCCCAAAUGGAGAUUCUGGAAAACAGGCUGCUUGCGACAUUGCCAAAGACACACUCCAAGGCUUUGUGAAAGAAGUCGCUUCCGAUGUAAUGACGAAACGAAGUGAUUGGGCUGCAGAGAAGAACGAUGAAUCGACUGCUCGUCGAGAUAGAGAGCCUCGUCGCACGAGGAGCAGGAGCCUUGGCCGAGAUGUGACUUCAACACCAGUCACCACAGCAAAAAAGGCGCGCCGAAAGCGGGUCUCAUUCGGAGCGCUAGACAAUUCAAGACGCACACCCGUGUUGAAGACUACAGGCAAACUAAAACGGCGGCGAUCGUCAGGAGUUACCCCGCAAAGCCCAGGUGGGCAUCAUGCGAAACCCCGUCCAGUACUGAGUGCAGUCCUGGGCCUUAUGCAGAAACUUGCCACCUCGAAGGGCCUGGAGAAGGCGGGGUUUCGAAGGACCGUCGCCGGUACCCUCGAAAGUUGUCUUCCACAUCUUCCGUCGCUAGAGCGAACGUACUUUUUACGCUUUAUGAGUCGGCUUUGUUCUUCAAAGGUUUCUGUUCACCGUCUCAUGGUGACAGAGCUGCUGGGUGUGGUAUUGGCCGAGCCUUGGCUUUGGAGCAAGCACGCAAAUGCACCAAUGCUCUCGCCUGUUUCUCCAUUGCAAAACUCACGAUCGCCUUCAGAGUCACCCGAGAGCCAUGCCAGAUCAAUACAUGAUCAAAUGAUUCCAGAUGCUUUACUCGAAGCACUUUUGGGCAGACUCAGCGACAAAGUCCCAACAGUUCGUGUGUCAGCAGCUAGCUCCCUGGCCAAACUCUUUAGCAGAGCCGCAGCGGCAGAAGAUCAGAACGGAGAAAACGAUCGGGAACUACGUGCAAUGAUUGUCCAAGUCAGCAAAGCUCUGGCGUCCAAGCGAGACUACGCCGUGGAUUGCCUCAAACACAGAGCACUAAAUGAUGAAAAGGCCUCUGUUAGAAAGACAUCAAUAAAUGCAUUGGCGGAUUUCAUUUUUCUGGGGACCAUUGACGAUUCCUUUCCAAUCGAAGAAGACGACGUGGCUGCUUUCGAUCACCUCUGCCGCGACAAAUCAACGGGGUCUCGGAAGGCAGCGGCGCAGGGUUUGACAACCAUUCUUCAGCAAUGCACUCAGGCAGCGGGGGAAGGAAGUGCUGACAAAUUGGAGUCCGUAGCACGUACCUGGACUGCUUCUGUAUUGCCUUUGGCGCUGGACCAGGACAGUGGCUGCCAAUCGAAAGCCAUCGAGCUUGUGAAUCAGGUUGUUUUCGAUCCUAUCAUUGCCUUUGAGGAUACCGGCAACAUGAACGAACGUUGCGCCUGGAAGAUAUUGUCCAUCGCUUGUGAAAGCUCUUCUUCGGCUUGCACGGCUACCAACGCACUCAAGGCCGCUCUAGGCAAACAGGCCAUGAACAAAUCAUUGCUGCAGCGUCUGUGCGACAUGGCAACCCAAACUAUCGAAGGGCCGUUGGACGAUGCCCUGUCUUCGGAACUGGAAUCACAAAGAGCAGGAGUGUGGUAUUUGCUCGACACACUUGUUGACGACAUCAAGAAUCUUCCAGCUCUUUACAAGACUCUGAAGCAGCUCCGCAUUGAUUUGGAUUUCCUGGGCAACUGGGAAAAGAUCUUAGACGUACUUGAGACGAAGGCGGACCUGCCGGAAACUUCACACAAGUUGUUGCAUUCUUGUUUGAGAUUCUGCCUACGACUCCUGUCGAAGCUCGGGCGAUGCGUUAGCCGUGAGAUUAUGCAGCGCUCUUCGGCCAAACUCCGUGCUUUGUUGGAGAACUUCUCACUGCCUUCCGACUUGAUUGCACCGGGAAUUGCGGCCUUGACAGCGACUACCAUCUCGUGCCACGAGGAAAUGGACGCAGCGCAAGUGCAAAGGAACUGUGAAGAUACCGCUUCGUCUUUGUAUCAACUUUGCGAGGACUCCAUUUCUGCCUACGCGCGAGAUCUCCACGAGACUGGACGUUCCUCUAAUGCGGAAGACGUCGACGAGCUCAACGUUCGAGCCAUCUUCACCACUGGUGAAUUGGCGACUAUUGGGUUCAGUCCCGACGAAAGUGAUGCAAAAGAAAAAGGAGCGUCUACAGGCGAUGAUCCACUGAGAGGCUUUUACACCCCGCCAAGCAGAAAGCUCGUAGACAUCAUAUGCACCUUCCUUCCAAAGCAGUUUCUUUCGACGAGUAAGUCUGUUCAGAGCCCCGAAAUUCGAGCUCACGCAUUCAUCUGUGUCGGCAAAAUUUGUCUUCGCGAUGAAUCCUUGGCCAAGCAAUGUGUGUCAAUCAUGGCUCGUGAAAUCACCGAAGAUGCGGAGAAUGAGUGUUACAGUGCAAAAAGCAACGCCUUGUUGGUUCUCGGGGACCUGUGCAUAAGGUAUACGUCUCUUGUUGAUAAGUAUUUGCCUGCAAUGGCAUGCUGCUUGCAGGCAGGAGUCAAUGCAAGCAAUACCAUCACAGUGACAAGCGAUGAUAAGUCAGCUGUCGUCAGAAAGAAUGCCGUGAUCCUACUCAGCAGCCUUCUUUUGCAGGACUACAUCAAGUUUCGAGGCCUUCUCUUCUUCCGUCUCCUGGUUGCCUGUGUGGACAACGACGAGUCAUGUGCUGAGAUCGCGGAAGAGAUGCUCCUUGGCCCCUUGCUGGAGAAAAACCAAAAGCUCUUCAUGAAUUCGUUUGUCGAAUCCUUGUUUGUGCUCAAUGGCUGCCCCCAUCCCAUCUAUGCGGCAGCCAAUCAAUCGAAUGGUUCGGCAUCAGUGGACUUAUCAGGAAUCGACCUUAGUGGUCCAACCGGGAGAGCGAAGAGGUUUCGCAUGUACGAGUUGAUGCUUUCGAAAAUGACAGGGGAAGAUAAGAUCGCUGUAACGGCUCGUAUUGCUAAGGACGUCCUUGAAGGCGCAUUGAGUAGCGGCAUUUUACACGCAGUUUGCAGCAACCAAAAGACCGACAAUGACCACGAGAAUGCCUACAACGUCCUGUCGGAUGCUUUUGCUGUCCUGUCCAGCCCAAUGCUAAAAGUUUGCAGGGGCUCCAGUUCGGCAGAUGAGGAUCAAGAAGAUAUCGCGGAUCCAAACAUUCCCAAUCCAACACGGCGGGUGAAUGCAAUUGCCAAGGGCAAACUGCUGUCCAAGAUCAGUCUCAAGCAUUUGAUUGAGAUCGUCUUUCCUAUUCUGCGGAACCUAAAGGCGCUGUUGCAAAAGAGCCAAUCCCCCCUCUUGAAAGACUUGAUGCAGUACAUGGUGCAUAUUUACAAAACGUACAAAGCUGAGGCAAAGGACUUUCUUUCUGGUGACCCUACUUUGCUCCAGGAGAUCGAGUUUGACGCCAGGAAGAAAUCCCAAAGUAGUACCAGUGCUUCCUAAACAGGAAGUCGAGCACAAGCAGCAGUGGUUGGAUGCGUUGGUCGAUUCAGUGCUCUACGCAUAUUAUAGUGUUUGUUACCGGUACCCCAUAAAACCUAUAAGUUUGAGCGUGUGUUCUCUCUCUCUACUUGCCUUUGAAAAAUAUAAGCCAUUACGAACAGCACAU